AAGACACCCCCAUUGAUCAAAAAGAGUCGUUUUCGCUGCUCUCUUUCUCUCUCUAGAAAACACGCACUCUCUCUCUACAAAACACACACCCUCUUGAUCUCCGAGCAUAUCCCGGAUCGGGUACUCUCACCCCCCACUCUCUCUCCUGUAACCACUCCCUUCGAUAUACGCGCCUCGAAGACCAUUUCAUUUUUCGCAAUUCGACUCCACAGAAACAACCGAUCUUCAAGAACAUUGAGAGAAUCGAACGAACCAACCAACGAACCAAUUCUAGGGCUUUCCUUGACAUGAAGUUAUGUGCAGCGAAUGCAUUUCACUUGAAUUUCCGCUCUUGAACAACGGUUCUGUUGCAGAACACGAAUUCAAAGAGAUCGAAGCAAUCUCUGCAGGAAAUGGCGGCUUCCCCUGCCAAAUUCUUGUUUGGGUUCCUGCUCGUCUCAAUUAUACUCUGGCUAAUAUUCAUAUUUGCAUCCAGGUUGUUGGCUUGGAUUCUAAGCCGGAUUUUGGGAGCAUCCGUUUCAUUUCGGGUUGGUGGUUGGAAAUGUUUAAGGGAUGUUGUUGUCAAGUUCAAAAAGGGUGCUAUUGAAUCUGUAUCUGUUGGUGAAAUCAGACUCAGCUUACGGCAGUCCUUGGUUAAACUUGGGGUUGGCUUUAUUUCUAGGGACCCAAAAUUGCAGGUGUUAAUAUGUGAUUUAGAAGUUGUAAUGAGGCCUUCAAAUAAAAGCACAAAAAAGAGUAGAUCUCGCAGAUCCCGCACUUCCAGCAGAGGAAAGUGGAUGGUUGUGGCUAACAUGGCAAGGUUUUUGUCUGUGUCCGUGACAGAGUUGAUUGUGAAGACACCCAAAGCUACCGUCGAGGUUAAAGAACUGGGAGUGUAUAUAUCUAAAGAUGGUGGAUCCAAGCCAGCUUUGUUUGUUAAGCUACACCUUUUGCCUAUUGUUGUUCACUUGGGUGAGCCACGGGUUAGUUGUGAUCAAUCAUCCAACUUCAACCACGAUGGAUGCAUUUCAGCUAGCCAGGCAUUUUCUGGCAUGACAGAAAAGGCAUCUGCCCCUUUCAUCUGUGAAGAAUUCUCCUUUUCGUGUGAAUUUGGUCAUAAUAGGGAAGAAGGUAUAAUUAUAAAGAACAUGGAUAUUACCAGCGGAGAAGUUGCUGUGAACUUAAAUGAGGAGCUGUUUCUUAAAAAGAAGACUUCAUCUGACUCCUUUUAUCAUACUGAUGAGGUUAUAGGGUCUACUGUUGAGUCUGCCUCUGCUGAAAAGCCUCAUAAAAAACAGACAGCACUUUUGUCACUUACCAAGUACGCUUCCAUGUUCCCAGAAAAGCUUUCCUUCAAUUUGCCCAAAUUGGAUGUGAGGUUUGUGCAUCGGGGACAUGAUCUUGCUGUCGAGAAUAACAUCAUGGGCAUUGAAUUGAAAAGCAUCAAAUCCCGGUCUAUUGAAGACGUGGGGGAGAGUACACGCCUCGAAGUUCAAAUGGAUUUUAGUGAGAUUCAUCUUCUUAGAGAAGCUGGCAUUUCUGUUGUGGAGAUACUGAAACUUGAUGUUGUUUCUUCAGUUUACGUUCCAUUACAGCCUAUCUCGCCUAUCCGAUCUGAAAUUGAUGUUAAGCUUGGCGGUACUCAGUGCAAGAUAAUAAUGAGUAGACUAAAGCCAUGGAUGCACCUGCAGUCCUCAAAAAAGAAGAAAAUGGUGCUUCAGGAACAAAAUACUAAUCUUGAUAGGCCGUCGUCAAUUGAAUCAAAAUCCAUCAUGUGGACGUGUACUGUUUCAGCCCCAGAGAUGGCUAUUGUGCUUUAUAGUCUGAGAGAUUCGCCACUAUAUCAUGGUUGCUCUCAAUCGUCGCACAUCUUUGCCAAUAAUAUAUCUAGUACAGGCACUUCAGUACACAUGGAACUUGGUGAACUAAAUUUGCAUUUGGCUGAUGAAUAUCAAGAAUGUUUAAAAGAAAGCUUGUUUGGUGUGGAAACAAAUACGGGCUCCUUGGUGCAUAUUGCAAAAAUUGGCGUUGAUUGGGGUAAAAAAGAUCUCCAAGAGGAUGAUCCCAAGUGUAAAUCGGUUCUCUCUGUUGAUGUAACUGGCAUGGGUGCUUACUUGACAUUCAAGCGUGUUGAAUCAUUAAUAUCAACUGCUUUCUCCUUUAAAGCUUUAUUUAAAAAUAAAUCUGCUUCUGGUAAAAAACCACCACCGCAUAACCAGGGAGGGCGUUCAUCCAAACCAUCAGGUAAAGGGACUCAACUCCUAAAACUUAAUCUUGAAAGGUGUUCUGUAAAUUUCUGUGGUGAUGUGGGCUUGGAGAACACUGUUGUUGCUGACCCCAAACGCGUGAAUUAUGGAUCGCAAGGUGGUCGAGUUAUAAUUAAUGUCUCUGCUGAUGGGACACCACGCAGUGCAAACAUAAUGUCCACAGUUUCCGAUGACUGCAAGAAGUUGAAAUAUUCUGUAUCAAUCGACAUUUUCCAUUUUAGUAUGUGUGUGAACAAGGAGAAACAGUCCACGCAGGUGGAGCUUGAAAGAGCCAGAUCUACAUAUCAGGAAUACUUGGAAGACAAUAGACAUGGCACAAAAGUGGUACUGUUUGACAUGAAGAAUGCAAAGUUUGUUCACCGAUCUGGUGGUCUUAAAGAGGUUGCUGUCUGCUCUCUUUUCAGUGCCACUGAUAUCACUGUCAGGUGGGAGCCUGAUGUGCAUAUAGCAUUAUUUGAACUUGUGCUGCACUUAAAGUUACUUGUACACAGUCAGAAGCUUCGGGAACUUGAUAAUGAAUAUAUGGAAGACAUAUCUAGAGUGAGAGAUAUUGAGCAGAAGAAAGCAACACCUACAGAAUCUCUACCAGUAGAGAAACAACACAAGAAAAGGGAAUCUAUUUUUGCUAUUGAUGUGGAAAUGCUGAAUAUAUUUGCCGAGGUUGGAGAUGGGGUUGAUGCAAUGGUUCAAGUUCAAUCAAUUUUUUCUGAAAAUGCUCGAAUAGGAGUACUUCUCGAAGGACUUUUGCUCAGUUUCAAUGGAGCAAGAGUAUUUAGAAGUAGUCGGAUGCAAAUUUCUCGCAUUCCUGUUGCCCCUAGUAGUUCAGCUGAUGCAAAAGUUGAGGCAGCUACUACAUGGGACUGGGUAAUUCGAGGCCUUGAUGUCCAUAUUUGCAUGCCGUAUAGGUUGCAGUUGCGCGCCCUUGAUGAUUCUAUUGAGGAAAUGUUGCGAGCUUUGAAGCUUGUCACUGCUGUUAAAACUAAACUUAUAUUUCCAGUGAGAAAAGAAAGUGCAAAGCCUAAAAAGCCUACUUCAACAAAAUUUGGAUGUGUAAAAUUUUGUAUACGGAAACUAACCGCUGACAUUGAGGAAGAACCAAUACAGGGUUGGCUUGAUGAACACUACCAUCUGAUGAAGAAUGAGGCUUGUGAAUUAGCUGUCAGGCUGAAAUUUCUUGAUGAGCUUGUUUCCAGAGGCAGUCAAUGUUCAGGAUCUGCUGAAACAAAGGAUUCUACUUAUGAAGGUAAGAUUCAUUAUAAUGGGGAUGAGAUUGAUGUGCAAGAUGCUUCUUCUAUUCACAGAAUUCAAGAUGAGAUUUAUCAGCAGUCAUUCAGAUCAUAUUACCAGGCAUGCCAAAAGCUUAAACCGUCAGAAGAAUCAGGUGCUUGUAGGGAGGGGUUUCAGGCUGGUUUCAAGCCUAGCACAGCCCGAACUUCACUUCUCUCUCUUUAUGCUACCGAACUUGAUGUAAGCUUGACAAAGAUUGAAGGUGGCGAUGCUGGGAUGAUAGAGGUUCUACAUAAGCUUGAUCCUGUCUGUCGAGAAUGUAACAUACCAUUUUCUCGGUUGUAUGGGAGUAAUAUUCUUUUGCAUACAGGAUCUCUCGUUGCUCAGUUAAGAAAUUACACGUAUCCACUUCUUUCUGCAACUUCUGGUAGAUGUGAAGGUCGUAUUAUUCUAGCUCAGCAGGCGACAUGUUUUCAGCCCCAAAUCUCCCAAGAUGUCUUCAUUGGGAGAUGGAGGAAGGUGCGCAUGCUUCGGUCAGCCAGUGGCACAACUCCGCCAAUCAAAACAUACUCAGAUUUGCCCUUACAUUUUCAGAAAGCAGAAAUUUCCUAUGGAGUGGGUUUUGAACCAGCUUUUGCUGAUAUCAGCUAUGUUUUUACUGUGGCUCUUCGCAGGGCUAAUCUAAGCAUUCGGAACCCGAAUGCUCCUGUUCAGCCCCCAAAAAAGGAACGGAGUUUACCUUGGUGGGACGAGAUGAGAAACUAUAUUCAUGGAAAUAUAACUUUAUUUAUGUCUGAAACCAGAUGGAAUAUUCUUGCUACUACUGAUCCUUAUGAAAAGUCUGAUAAACUUCAAGUUGUUUCUGGUCAUAUGGAAAUCCAUCAGUCUGAUGGUCGUCUUUAUGUUUCUGCAAAGGAUUUCAAGAUAUUUUUGAGCAGUUUGGAGAGUUUGCUAAACAAUUGCAGCUUAAAACUUCCUAGCGGCGUGUCUGGUGCGUUCCUAGAGGCUCCAUCCUUUACUUCUGAAGUUACAAUGGAAUGGGAAUGUGAUUCUGGCAUUCCAAUGAAUCAUUACUUGUUUGCACUUCCCAAUGAAGGUGUACUUCGUGAAAAAGUUUUUGAUCCCUUCAGAUCUACUUCUCUCUCUCUGCGAUUGAACUUCUUACUCAGACCCUCUCUUCCAUCGUGUGAGAAUCAAUCACAAUCCUCCACUAUGGGAGAUAAUGCUGUCUUGGAUGGAUCUGUUUAUGGCCCACAAUUUAAGCCGGAGAGUGUUUUAAUUAAUUCACCAACCAUGAAUGUUGGUGCUCAUGAUUUAGCAUGGUUAGUUAAAUUCUGGAACAUGAACUACAUUCCUCCUCAUAAAUUGCGCACCUUUUCUCGGUGGCCACGAUUUGGAGUUCCAAGAAUUCCCAGAUCAGGCAAUUUGUCUCUAGACAGGGUGAUGACAGAAUUUAUGUUUCGCAUUGAUGCUACCCCAACCUGUAUAAGGCAUAUGCCUUUAGAUGAUGAUGAUCCAGCUAAAGGACUGACAUUUAAGAUGUCAAAGCUGAAAUAUGAGCUCUGUAAUAGUCGGGGUAAACAAAAAUAUACAUUUGAAUCCAAGCGCGAUCCUCUUGAUCUCGUUUACCAGGGCAUUGACCUUCACAUGCCCAAGGCAUAUCUAAAUAAGGAAGAUUGCACCAGUGUUGCAAAAGUUGUUCAAAUGACAAGGAAAAAUUCACAAUCUGCAUCCACGGACAGAGGUAAGAAUGAAAAAUGCAGCUAUAUGAGCGGCUGUAUGGAGAAGCAUCGCGAUGAUGGAUUUCUGUUAUCAUCUGAGUAUUUUACGAUCAGAAAGCAAGCCCCAAAGGCUGACCCUGCAAGGUUAUUAGCAUGGCAAGAAGCUGGAAGAAAAAAUCUUGAGAUGACAUAUGUCAGGUCUGAGUUUGAGAAUGGAAGUGGGAGUGACGAGCAUGCAAGAUCAGACCCAAGUGAUGAUGAUGGGUAUAAUGUGGUAAUAGCUGAUAAUUGUCAGCGGAUUUUUGUUUAUGGCCUUAAGCUUUUGUGGACUCUUGAGAAUAGAGAUGCUGUUUGGUCUUGGGUUGGUGGAUUAUCCAAGGCUUUUGAAGCUCCAAAGCCUUCUCCUUCUCGACAGUACGCACAGAGGAAGUUGCUUGAGGAGAACCAGGUAGUUGAUAGAGGUAAAAUGCUUCAAGAUGAUAUGUUGAAGGCCCCUUCUUCCAGUUCCCCACCUCAACAACAUGUCGAGACUUCCAUGCCGCUUUCAUCUCCACCAGAUUCAAGUAAAAUAGAAAACUCAGCACUGGAUGCAGUUGAAAAGAGUGAAAUCACUGAUGAUUCUGAAACGGAGGGAACUCGUCAUUUCAUGGUGAAUGUUAUUGAGCCGCAGUUCAAUCUUCACUCAGAAGAAGCCAAUGGUAGAUUUCUUCUCGCCGCUGUUAGUGGCCGUGUUUUAGCCCGUUCAUUCCAUUCAGUUCUUCAUGUCGGCCAUGAAAUGAUUGAACAAGCACUUGGUACGGGAAAUGUGCAUAUUCCAGAAAGUCAACCUGAAAUGACGUGGAACCGCAUGGAAGUUUCUGUCAUGUUAGAGCAUGUGCAAGCCCAUGUUGCACCAACUGAUGUUGAUCCAGGGGCUGGACUUCAGUGGCUUCCAAAAAUUCGUAGGAGCUCUCCAAAAGUAAAACGCACUGGUGCUUUACUUGAAAGAGUGUUUAUGCCUUGCGAUAUGUUUUUCCGCUACACGAGGCACAAAGGUGGAACUGCAGAUUUGAAGGUGAAGCCCUUGAAAGAGCUCGCUUUCAAUUCUCAUAAUAUAACGGCAACAAUGACGUCGCGUCAAUUUCAAGUUAUGCUAGAUGUGUUGACCAAUCUUCUCUUUGCUCGGCUUCCCAAGCCUCGAAAAAAUAGUCUUUCAUAUCCUGAUGAAGAUGAUGAAGAUGUAGAAGAGGAGGCAGAUGAGGUGGUUCCUAUCGGUGUUGAAGAAGUAGAACUUGCAAGAGUCAAUCUUGAACAGAAAGAGCGGGAGCAGAAGUUGAUUCUUGAUGACAUCAGGAAAUUAUCUCUCAGUGCUGAUACUUCUGGAGACCUACAUCCAGAAAAGGAAGGCGAUCUAUGGAUUAUAUCUGGUGGAAGAUCUACAUUGGUGCAAAGACUAAAGAAAGAGCUUGGAAAUGCAAAAAAGUUGAGGAAGGUUGCAUCUGCUUCAUUAAGGAUGGCUCUGCAAAAUGCUGCACAGCUACGACUAAUGGAAAAAGAGAAGAACAAAAGCCCAUCCUAUGCUAUGCGUAUUUCAUUGAAAAUAAACAAAGUGGUAUGGGGCAUGCUUGUGGAUGGUAAAUCUUUUGCUGAAGCUGAGAUAAAUGACAUGAUAUAUGAUUUUGAUCGGGAUUACAAAGAUGUUGGUGUUGCUAGGUUCACAACAAAAUCUUUUGUUGUCAGAAAUUGCCUGCCUAAUGCCAAAUCUGAUAUGCUUCUAUCAGCAUGGAAUCCCCCUCCUGAAUGGGGAAAGAAACUAAUGCUUCGUGUAGAUGCAAAGCAGGGAGCUCCGAAGGAUGGAAACUCUCCUCUUGAACUCUUCCAGGUAGAGAUCUACCCGCUGAAGAUACAUUUGACUGAGACAAUGUAUAGAAUGAUGUGGGAGUAUUUCUUCCCAGAAGAAGAACAAGACUCCCAGCGACGGCAGGAAGUUUGGAAGGUUUCAACUACUGCUGGCUUAAGGCGUGUAAAGAAAGGUUCAUCAAUGCAUGAUGCUUCUGCCUCUAGCAGUCACUCAACGAAAGAGCUUGAGGUUUCCUCCAAGUCAAACACCUCUGGUACCAGUCAGUCCUCUGUUCAUGCUGAUCCCAAUCAUGCAUCAAAGUUGCAGAACUUAAAAGAAAAUAUUGUUCGUGGUUCAACCCCCGAGCUAAGACGAACAUCUUCUUUUGACAGAACGUGGGAAGAAAAUGUGGCAGAGUCUGUGGCUAAUGAACUUGUAUUGCAGGUUCACACUUCAAGCAUCUCUUCAUCAAAAAGUGAGCCCCUUGGUUCUACCGAGCUGCAAGAUGAACCUACUAGAAACAAACCAAAAGACUCCAAAUCUGUCAAGUCUGGUCGUUCCUCUCAUGAGGAAAAAAAGGUUGGAAAGGUACAAGAUGAGAAAAGAACUAGGCCUCGAAGAAUGAGAGAGUUUCAUAAUAUCAAGAUAAGUCAGGUUGAGCUACUAGUUACUUAUGAAGGAUCAAGGUUUGCUGUGAGUGAUCUGAGGCUGCUAAUGGAUACAUUUCACCGUGUUGACUUCACUGGAACUUGGAGAAGACUUUUCUCACGAGUUAAGAAGCAUAUUAUUUGGGGAGUCCUCAAGUCUGUUACAGGAAUGCAGGGUAAGAAGUUCAAGGAUAAAGCACAUACUCAAAGGGAUCCUAUUGGAGCUGCUCUUCCCAGCAGCGAUCUUAAUUUUAGUGAUAGUGAUGGAGGUUCGGCUGGGAAAUCUGAUCAGUACCCACUAUCUUGGCCCAAGCGUCCCAGUGAUGGAGCAGGUGAUGGAUUUGUCACCUCAAUAAAGGGGCUUUUCAAUUCUCAACGACGCAAGGCCAAGGCAUUUGUUCUUCGAACGAUGAGGGGUGAAGCAGAGGAUGAGUUCGCUGGCGAGUGGAGUGAAAGUGACGUGGAGUUUUCUCCCUUUGCUAGGCAGCUGACCAUAACAAAAGCUAAGAGGCUCAUCAGACGGCACACUAAGAAGUUCCGCCCAAGAGGGCAGAAAGGUAUGUCUUCCCAACGAGGAUCACUUCCAUCAUCACCAAGGGACACCACACCAUUUGAAAGUGAUUCCGGUGGAUCCUCACCAUACGAGGAUUUCCACGAGUAGAAGAGUCUGGAGCAUGGUAUUCUUCAUAAGCCUUGGGUGGCACGGCACGGGGUUGCUGUUUGUGUAUAACAGUCCACAUUGAGCUGGGAGUCUGGGAAAAUAGAUGGAUCAAUUGUUAUUGAUUUGAUCCAGCGACUACCUUGGAUGACCUGAAUUAUCUUCAAAUAAAAGCAUGCUGAGGAACUCCAUGCAUGUAAAUAGUGAAAUUAUUCUUCAUGACGACCCCAUGGACAUUGUAGAUUGAUGACCUCUCCCAAUUUUCCCUGUAAGAGUUGUAUCAUUAGCGCGACGAAAUGUUACUAAUAUUAUGAUUCAAUGUUAUGUUAAUUUGUAUCAACACUGCCUCUGGCCAGUCAGAAUGAACAUAUGAGCUCUCAAGAGUUCGAUAAUUUUUGUACGCACUUAUAUAUUGAGAAUAAAAUAAUAAAUGAAAUUCUCCUCU